AUGGACAUUUUGGAACUCGUCCACGAAGACCAGCGAAAGGAGUGUCGCCCUUUCGAUUGCAAGCAUCCCGGCUGUCCCAAAGCCUUUUCAAGGCGAUCCGAUUUGGCAAGACAUGCUCGCAUUCAUAGCCAAGAGCGACCUUUCACUUGCCACUUUCGCGAUUGCGGCAAGACUUUCAUCCAGCGAUCAGCCCUGACCGUUCACAUCCGCGUCCACACCGGGGAGCGACCUCAUGUGUGCGAGUCUUGCAGUAAGGCUUUCUCCGAUUCAAGCUCGCUCGCCCGUCACAGGCGGAUCCACACUGGUCGACGUCCAUACAAAUGUCUGGUAGCUGGCUGCGGCAAAUCUUUCUGCCGCAAGACCACGUUGACCAAGCACACGCGUCGCAACCAUGCGGACGCCGAAGGCACCUACUCAGGCGUCGGAGGUCCCAUGACCAUCAUGAGCAACUCGAGCUCCAUGAACCGCUGUGUCUUGCCCCCUCAAACUCGCGCCACAUUCCCGCAGGGACUCGAGCAUCACUACCUGGCCAACCUCAAGGUGGAAGACGAUAGCGCCGUUGCGCACUACGGCCUCCAUUUGCAGCAGACGGCCGACUAUCCCAGCACACCCUUCAGCGCGCCUGCUAUGUCGACCUCGUCGUCCGGUAUGAGCUUUGAGUGCCUCGACAUCUCGCGCCGAUCGAGCACCACAUCUGGCUACAUGUCGAGCAACUCGCACAGCUUCUACAGUCCGGCAAGCAACCACGGACGCUCAUGCCCGACGCCUACACCCAACACGCUCACACCUGCUUCGGAGAUGUCGCAGUUCCCUCGCACGCCUGACUUCCGUGAUGCACGAGCCUUCGAGGUGCAAAGCGCUGCUCGUCCCCAGUUCAACAAUCUGUCGAUCGCCAACAUGAGCUUCGGAGCAUGUGCCACGGACGCGCAAACCUCGCCAUCUGGGUUCAACAGCUCGAUGAUGGGCUCUUCGCAGUCGUUCGCAAUGAUGCCCAACUUUGCUUUGGAGAACCAGAGCACUAGCAACAUCGAUCCGAAUCUGUGGGAUGCCGGCACCUCUUCUGCAGUACCCAAUUCGAGCGUCGGCUCUCACUUCUACGAGCAGCAGAGCUAUCAGCAACCGAGGCCGACGAUUCAUCAGCACUUCCAGCAGCAACAGCACAUGCAGGGCUCUCAAGAGUUUGUCCAGCCAGCAACAAGCCACGAACGCAUGGGCUCCUACUUCUCAAGGCCCAUCUCGCAGCAACACCUCGCUUCGUCCACAUAG